CAUUACUCACAGUCCAUUCCCAAGACUCUCAUGUUUAUUGAAUUCAAACCAUGGAGAAUGGCCAAAGAGAUUCGUUCCUCCUUUCCAGGGAUCGCUACCCUCAAAAAGAGGCAGUAUCAUUCAUCGAGAAUCAAAUCUGUCCACCGGGACAGCUACUACCAGUGUAUAGCGAGCAAAGUGGAAGUUUCGUUUCUGCAAAUGAAGCAUGGAAGCUGAAAGAUGCGAACACAGCGAUGUGGGAGCAGGCGAAUGAGGAAAAGGAACACCUUUUUGUCCUAAUGACACAAGUGGAACAGAAACUUGCGAAGAAGAAAAGCGCAGCCCACAUCCCACUCGACGCGGCAUCGGAGUUGCGACGUAGCAGUUGGUCUCAAGUUUUGACUGAGGUUGAGAGGACUGCAGAGCAUUGGAAAAGUAGCCCAAACCAGGAAAGUAAAAGAAUGGUGUUCAUUGAUAGAAUUGGGCGGCAUUCAGAGUCUCUGGAAGCUUGGUUAAGUUUAUUGCCCAUGGGAGAUUACGGAGCAAGUAUCUGUGGAGUAUUCAAGCUUUUCAUCGGGGCUGCCUCGACCUACUCCAACACCCCGGAGAUCAUUUUCGAAUUCUUGGCACAAAUUCCAGAUAUGAUGGAAAGCUCAAGGCACUACAUGGAAAUGUAUCGAAACAUGGGAGGCCACCGUCUUGACAAAAGAAGCUUUGAGUUAUUCCGAGCCGUUCUAGAAGCACUCACUCAUGUGAUGCAGUUCUUUCUCAACAGCAGGCUCAAAAACGUGACCUAUGCUUGGCUCAAGCAGGGAGCAUACCAAGAAGAUCUCCAGAAAAGUAUCGAGAACGUUAGAACUAAGGUCAGAGCGUUCAGAGACGAAGCCCAGCAAUGUCACGCUCAAGAAACACAUGAGAGCAUGCGCCUUCUAUCUGACAUGAAUGAACAAUCCAAGACUUUGGCCCCCUUUUUUCAACGAUUUUUCAAACUUCUGGAGACGAAUCUAGGUUUAGAACAAUCUGAUCAGCAAUUUAGUUCCUCACAACCACGAAUUUCGGCUUACGACAUGGUGAACGCAACCCACAGUAUUCCCGGGACAUCGAUAUCCAUGAAAACGCGGGCAAAUGCCGACGAACGACAAGCGGAGGCUAGGAAGGCACAAAAGCGAUUAUUCGAGUAUCUUCAUUACGAUCCAAGUCUUGUUCCACGGGACGUGGCCACUCAGAUUCGUCUUGGCAAUAGACUGACCAACAAACAAAAAGCCAAAGCUGCCACCCUCAUACGGCAUGAAAGCUUCAAGUCAUUCAUGACGAAUACAACGUCAUCAAGCUGUCUUCUCGUCAAUGGAAGAGACGACACUGCUGCCGUUGACGGGAUCUCACCGCUCAGUUUUGUAGCUGCCCAGGCGACGGAAAGCUUCAUGGCUGCAGGGGAUCCCUCGACACCGUUCUACGUCAUCAACUGGUUUUGCGCGGAGCAUAAGCCAGCCCUCGUGGCAGGCAACAACGCUGAAACAGAUCGCUGCCCCAGCAGAAUGAUGACAAGCCUUGUCGGUCAGCUUCUCGAAAAAAUGAUUGAUAGUGGCGUAGAGGUUGGCUUGUCAUUCAUGUACGAGUCCAAGUGGCGGCAUGUAGAGCAGCUCAAACCGACGACUCUGUUUUCGGUCUUUGUCGGACUAGUAGAGCAGCUUCCUCGGGGGAGUAUCUUGUUAUGUAUAGUGGAUGAGAUUGUCUUGUACGAGACGCGAGCUCUGGAGAGCGACACGGAAGUAGUCAUGGGGAAGCUGGCAAGGUUAGCUGAGAAGCUUUCCACUGGACCGCAGAUUUUCAAACUUCUCACAACUUGUCAAAAUAGAGCUUUGGGUAUGGCGGAGCAUUUUGGCCACAACAUCGUCGACUUGGGUGGUAGCACGGGCUCAGAUGAAUCAGCGCAGUGGACGAUAUCUAACAUGUCCAUGGCAUACUAG